GUCUAUUCAGGCCCGGUUAUUAAAGUGUUAACCAAUAAGCGCUUUCAGCCACUGGUAAGGGAAAGUGCUUACUGGUUAUUACAUGGCGCCUGUAACUGGGAGGGCAGGAGGCGGUAAUAACCAGGGAGCGCCGUCCUCUGCAGUGAAGGAAAGCGCUGAUUUAUGAAUAGGAGGCAGGAAGGAAAUGUCACCACUUUUCCAGUAAAAAUGACUUUUAACAAGUUCCUGCAGCGUGGCCCCUGAGCCAGAAGAUGCAUACUUACCCGCUUCCUGCCCCCUCUGCCUCCAUAUUCCGGUUCCUGCACUUUUACACCUGGCAGUGCAUGGUCAUGGUCACAUACAUCGCUCCAAUUAAUGACUGGCUUCAGCAGUGACACGCUGCUUGUGGCCACAUCACCGCUGAAGCCAGUGAUUGGCUGGGGAUGUACAUGUGACCAUGGCCGUGCACUGCCAGGUGAGAACAGCGCUGGGAGCAGGUAAGUAUACCUCUUCGGUUUCAGGGGCCAUGCUGCAAGGCUCGCUCCUAAUAACUGGCAGUAUAAACGCGCCGAUCAUCUCUCUGUGUAAUCAGGGAUGUGCUACUGAUAAUCAAUGUAACUAAAUGAAGGAGGAAUGACUGUCAUAGCGAUCAUUCCUCCCCAGUCACUUUACAUUGGCCUGUGUAUUAGGCUGAUGCAAAUGAGCGCCAAUCAACAUUUUUUGUUUUUGCGGUCCCUUGUGACAGUGCGGCCCUCAGACCAAAAAAGGUUGUGCACCCCCGGUCUAAAGUAAAUCAACCGAGGCGAGGUGUAAAUGUAGACAAGAGGGUCUAAGACGGGAAUCAACAACCUCCGGCACUGCAGGUGUAGUGAAACUACAUCUCCCAUUAUGCACACUUGCUUGGCUGUUCUCUUAACUCCCACAGAAGAGAAAGGAGCAUGCUGGGAGUUGUAGUUCCACAGCAGCUAGACAGCCGAAGGUUGCUGAUCCCUGGUCUAAGAUGUCUAGAAAGAUAUGAGAGAGAAUAGCCACUGAAUUCCACCAAAGACAAGAGUCCGGGGAAAUCUGUGACUGCGCUACAACUACUCGACCAAUAUCCGCACCAGAUCCCGUCAGUGAUCACUCAUCAUUGUCUUCCUUAAUAUGAAUCAGCAGUAAACAGAAUCUCUGAGCUGCAGGGGUUAAUUCUUCUACAGGAGCUCUCCGCCCUCUUAUGAGAAGAGACUUUUCCACUUUCGAUUCCUGCUCCUCCAUACCACAAUGGCGUCUGCUGACCUGAGGACCGAGCUGGACUGCUCCAUCUGCCUGAGCCUCUAUACAGACCCCGUAUCCCUGAGAUGUGGACACAACUUCUGCCGCUCGUGUAUUGUGAGUGCGCUGGAUGCACAGGAGGCAGCUGGAGUGUAUUCCUGUCCUGACUGCAGAGCAGAAUAUCCGGAACGUCCGGCCCUGGAGAAGAACAGGAAGCUGGGGAACAUAGUGGAGCGUUUCUUAUCUGCUCGGCCUGAUAUGGAGGAGACCGGGAUCUUCUGUACUUACUGUACUAAGUCUCCUGUACCGGCUGUGAGGACAUGUCUGCAGUGUGAGGCCUCGUUCUGUGGAGAACACUUGAGUAGACACAAUAAGUCAUCAGAACAUAUUUUGGUUGAACCCACUGCUACCCCGAAGAAAAGAAAAUGCUCCACACACAAGGAGGUGCUGAAAUACUAUUGUCCUAUAGACGCCGCCUGUAUCUGUGUGUCCUGCUGGGUGGCUGGAGACCACAAGGGACAUGACGUGGAGCUACUGGACGUGGCCUCUGAGAAGGAGAAAGAGAAGCUGAGGAAAUAUCUGGAGGAACUAAACCCACAAAAAGCAGAAAUUCUGACGAAACUUCAGAAUCUGCAGGAUCGUCAGAGGAAUAUCCAGGAGAAAGCCUCUGAUAAGAGGAAGAACGUCAGGAAGUUAUUUAUGGACAUUAAGAAACAACUGAAAAUGGCAGAAAAGAAAGCGCUGAGCGAGAUCUCCAGGCAGGAGGAGAAGAUUGUGUCCCAGAUAUCUGAUCUGAUCAAGAAGCUGGAAAUAGAGGAGGACGAGCUGUCCAGGAAGAUGCGUCACGUGGAGGAGAUGUGUCAUGUCACCGACCCAAUAAGACUCCUACAAGAAAGUGACAUUACAGUAUGUGGUCAUGGAGAUGAUGAGGACACAGGGGCAGAUGGUGGAGAGGGCAGGUCUGAGGAUGAUCUGGAUGAGGUUCUGAUUUCACUGACCUUACACCGAUCUAUGAGGGAUAUUGUCACCAAUGUCACAUCAGAGCUCAGGCUCCAUGUUCCAGACAUAUUGCUGGAUGAGGACACUGCUCAUGAAUAUGUGAAGAUAUCAGAAGAUCUGAAAACAGCAACAACAUUAGUAAAUAAAUAUAUCAACAGACCAGAAUCACCAGGAAGGUUCCUGGAUUAUCCCCAGGUGUUAAGCAGAUGUGGCCUCUCCUCAGGAAGACAUUACUGGGAGGUAGAGUGGAACCAGAAAGGAAGAUGUAACAUCGGAAUGUCCUAUCCCAGUAUAGAAAGGGAAGGACUUCAGUCUGGUAUUAUAUAUAAUGCUAAAUCUUGGUGUCUGGAUAUGUCUGGUGCAGGGUGUGCAGCGUGUCACCGCUCAGUCAGAUCCCCCCUCAGUGUAGAUAGAACAUGUCCUAGAUUUGGGGUCUUCUUGGACUAUGAGGCCGGGCGUCUGUCCUUCUAUCAGCUGUGUGACCCCAUCAGACACUUACACACCUUCACCGCCUCCUUCUCUCAACCCCUACAUGUUGUCUUCCAUUUGUGUCCUGGAGCCUCUGUUAGAAUAAUAAGCACUCCGGAAGCGGAUGUGGUAGUUAAAGAACUGUGCACAGUCUGGGCCCAGGUUAAUUUGAACUUGAAAAAAGCUCAGGAGAUUCAAAAAGUUAAUGCUAAAAGAAGGCGCUCUCUAAGAGUAGAUUUUGGGUUGGGAGAUAAAGGGAAGAGACUUUUCCACUUUCGGUUCCUGCUCCUCCGUACCACAAUGGCGUCUGCUGAUCUGAGGGCCGCGGCCGAGCUGGACUGCUCCAUCUGCCUGAGCCUCUAUACAGACCCCGUAUCCCUGAGAUGUGGACACAACUUCUGCCGCUUCUGUAUCGUGACAGUGCUGGAUGCACAGGAGGCAGCUGGAGUGUAUUCCUGUCCUGACUGCAGAGCAGAAUAUCCGGAGCGUCCGGCCCUGGAGAAGAAAAGGAAGCUGGGGAACAUAGUGGAGCGUUUCUUAUCUGCUCGGCCUGAUAUGGAGGAGAUCGGGAUCUUCUGUACUUACUGUACUAAGUCUCCUGUAACGGCUGUGAAGACAUGUCUGCAGUGUGAGGCCUCGUUCUGUGGAGAACACUUGAGUAGACACAGUAAGUCAUCAGAACAUACUUUGGUUGAACCCACUGCUACCCUGAAGGAAAGAAAAUGCUCCACACACAAGGAGGUGCUGAAAUACUAUUGUUCUAUAGACGCCGCCUGUAUCUGUGUGUCCUGCUGGGUGGCCGGAGACCACAAGGGACAUGCCGUGGAGCUGCUGGACGUGGCCUUUGAGAAGGAGAAAGAGAAGCUGAGGAAAUAUCUAGAGCAACGAAACCCACAAAAAGCAAAAAUUCAGACAAGACUUCAGAAUCUGCAGGAUCGUCAGAGGAAUAUCCAGGAGAAGGCCUCUGAUCAGAGGAAGAACGUCAGGAAGUUAUUUAUGGACAUUAAGGAGCAACUGGAAAUGGCAGAAAAGAAAGCGCUGAGCGAGAUCUCCAGGCAGGAGGAGAAGAUUGUGUCCCAGAUAUCUGAUCUGAUCAAGAAGCUGGAAAUAGAGGAGGACGAGCUGUCCAGGAAGAUGCGUCACGUGGAGGAGAUGUGUCAUGUCACCGACCCAAUAAGACUCCUACAAGAAAGUGACAUUACAGUACGUGGUCGUGGAGAUGAUGAGGACACAGGGGGAGAUGGUGGAGAGGGCAGGUCUGAGGAUGGUCUGGAUGAGGUUCUGAUGUCACUGACCUUACACCGAUCUAUGAGGGAUAUUGUCACCAAUGUCACAUCAGAGCUCGGGCUCCAUGUUCCAGACAUAUUGCUGGAUGAGGACACUGCUAAUAUAUAUGUGAAGAUAUCAGAAGAUCUGAAAACAGCAACAGCAUCUAAAGAUAAACAGAACAGACCAGAAUCACCAGGAAGGUUCCUGGAUUGUGCCGAGGUGUUGAGCAGAUGUGGCCUCUCCUCAAGAAGACAUUACUGGGAGGUAGAGUGGAACCAGAAAGGGAAAUGUGACAUCGGACUGUCCUAUCCCAGUAUAGAAAGGAAAGGACAGGAGUCUAGUAUUAGAUGUAAUGAUAAAUCUUGGUGUCUGGCUAUGUCUGGUGCAGGAUGUACAGCGUGUCACCGCUCAGUCACAUCCCCCCUCAGUGUAGAUACAACAUGUCCUAGACUUGGGGUCUUCUUAGACUAUGAGGCCGGGCGUCUGUCCUUCUAUCAGCUGUGUGACCCCAUCAGACACUUACACACCUUCACCGCCUCCUUCUCUCAACCCCUACAUGUUCUCUUCUAUGUGCGGGAUGGAGCCUCUGUUAGAAUAAUAAGCUGAGGCCGAUGCGUCCACGUCCCGUUAUAAUCUCCGCCUAUAAGUCACUAUAUAGCGCUGUAUGGGCGGAGCCUCCGAUCACACAAUGUAUAUGGCGGCUCUAUGGGGGGGUUACUGUACGAUUAUUUUAUAUUCCUUGGAGAUCAGAUCCAGAAUCGAUGCUUGAGACAAAUGAAAAGUUACGUCGUCUGCACACGAGUUCGGGUGAACGCACAUCAGAUCCGCAGCGUAUCCGCACCAAUACCUGCAAUGUGUGAUUACGGUUUUUGAUGCGGAUAAGAUGCGUUUUUCCACUGAAAAGGGUGAAAUCCGCAGCUAAAACCACAAACAUAACUGACAGGCCGCAGAUCUGGGAAUCGCACGGAAAUAAUCGGCGAAGUGUACGUGAUCGGGGUAAUCUCAUACACUUUGCUGUAAUUCCUUACGGUUUUUCCACAUGGGAAUUCGCAUGGAAAGACUGAGCGUAUUCCGCACCGUGUGCAGAUGGCCUUCGGGUACAAGCGCACGGUGCGUAUUACCUGCUGGUUUUCCAGAGUGAAAUAAUACCGCCUAAGCAGAUGGGAUUCUCAGUAUCUCAUCUACACGGAGCGGAAGUUUCCUGCGUCAGGAGUGACCUGCGGAGCGGAUCCGGAGAUUUGCGGCCGGUGGAUUGUCCGUGCGGAUUUCUCCCUUUACAAUGCAGAGGGGGAGAUCUGGGGAGAUCCGUGUCAGGAUCUGCAGGUAACAGGUGUGGAUCCUGUAGCGGAGAUACACCGCCGAGUGCACGUACCUCAUGGGGGCAUCAUUAACCCUUCCCCGUCCUCCACUGAUGUCGCUGUAGGGGCUUCUUUAUGUUUCUGGGACACAUUUGGGGAACAUAUAAUUAUUAAUCAGCUUUUCCUAUUUCUGUAGAGAUGUGACAAUGUGACGCUUCUUUCCGCACUAUACGCGGCAUUUGUUGUGUUUUCCCUUUUUAUGGAAUAAAUGUCUGACUACUUCUGUCCAUCAGAGUUGUCGGUCCUAUCAUCUGGGUGUCAGUGGUCUCCUCCGCCAUCAUGUCUGUUAUAACCGCAGGUAAUGAGUUCUGCAAUACACUGGAUCUGUACAGCGCCACCUGCUGUUCUCUUCCUUAUCUUUGGCCGGUCGCGCUGAGCUGGUCGCACGCGCUCAGUGUAAGGCGACGUCUACACGACGAGGUGUCUUGGUCCCAACUCUAUACAUUGUUAGUGUGAGAACAUACCGCGCGCUCCGUAUUGUGCCGCCUAUAGAGCUCCCAUUGUUGUGCUCUCCGCCUGGACUCAGCACUUUUCUAACUAUCCCCUGUAAUGGUCGCCUUCCCUGCGGCGCAGCAUGUCGGACGGCGCCCGCGCUACGUUACUGUCGGCCGCACUUCGCCAUGUCUAGUGAUUAAUACUGUACUGUUUUCAUGCACAUUCUGUUCUGUUGUUAGCAGCAUUAUAUGGCGGUGUAUGUGGCUCGGGGUGCGGCUUUCUAAUACUUCCCUCUCUGUGUCGCUGAAAUAUUGUAGAGCAGCCGCGCAGCGACCGCCUCACGUCCUGGAGGCACGAGCUUCCUGGUGCCUCUCAGUGUAACUGACACUUUUCAUCCCUGAAGGGUUUUAUUUUCUGCUUCUCAUUUUCAUUUUUCGUUUUUCUGUUUGUCGUCCUGCGGAAAAGUGUUAGGAAUACGCUAUACCUGCCGUUACUUACUGUAUGUAGCAGAGCUGUAUGUCUGUGCAGUUGAGCAGUGUAUGUAACAGAGCUGGAUGUUUGUAGUUGAGCAGUGUAUGCAGCAGAGCUGGAUGUCUGUGUAGACAAGCAGUG